UUUGCCGGGGCCGAGGAGUGACUGCGUGUAUCUGGGAGCAGGAAACGGAGCGGGGCUGAGGAGGAGAGAUGGGUGGGGAGGUGAGAACAGAGAGGUAAUUGUAUAUGUAAGAGUGAGGCAACCGUAGCAGAGGGGGCACACGCAGAACCAGAGGGAGGACGAGGGGAAAGGAGAGACGCACGUUCCUGGGAUGGGGGGGGGGCGCCAGGAAAGGAGACGGAGAAGAAGGGAGCACAGGUUGAGAGCAGGGAUCUUUAAGUUCUGAUGCUUGAAAGCGGGAACAGGGAUGUAGGCAGAAAGAAAAGUAGGCGACCAAUCAUGCUCUGCGAAGUGCCGUCUGAAAUAAAGAAAAGAUGGUGAUUGGACACGUGACAGCAGCGAGGCCGAGCAGGAGGUGUUUUUAAAUAGUGUGUUUUGUAAAAGUGGUAGAGAAAGGGCACAGAGAGUGUAUCCUUUGGAACGGGAGCCAGGAAAAGGGGAAGGGCCUCGGUCUCCUCCUCUCCAGCUGACAAAAACAGCUGCCCAGGAGCCCGCUCAGAGAGAGAGAGAGAGAGAGAGAGGACGGAGGUAAGAGGAAGACUCAAAGGGCGGACAAACAGAGAGGAGAGAAGAGAGAGAGAGAGGGAGAGAGUCCUGGACCCCAAAGCACCCUUAUGGGUUGUGUCCUGAGCUCGGACUGGUGUGGGGAGGGAGAGGUGCAGCCGCUGCCGGUGGUCCGAAGCUCGUCUCUGAAGAGAAGGAGUCUGGAGAGGAGUGACAGCAGCAGGAUGAGGCUCACAAAGGCUGGGAAGGGAGAGCCCCACGUCUUCAAGGAAAAGACCUUCAAGAAGAAGCGACAGUGCAGCGUGUGUCGACAGAACAUCGACAACGUGGGCUCCUUCUGCAGAGUAUGCAAAACAGCCACCCACAGGAAGUGUGAGGGCAAGGUGACCUCUGCGUGCAUCCAAGCUCCCCCCAAUGAUCUGCAGCGUAGAGGGACAGCUCCUUCUCGACACAACCAACACAUGGGAUCAACCAAGUCUCUAACCUACACCAAACAAAGGAACACCCUUCCGAGGAGCUUCAGCGUGGACCGUGUGAUGGAGCGCGUGAUGGAGCGCCAUUACGACUUCGACCUGACGUACAUCACCGAGAGGAUCAUCUCUGUCUUCUUCCCUCCGAAGUUGGAGGAGCAGAGAUACCGGCUCAACCUGAAGGAGGUGGCGGCCAUGCUCAAAUCCAAACACCAGGACAAGUUUCUGCUCCUGAAUCUCUCUGAAAGACGCCAUGACAUCACCAGACUCAACCCAAAGGUCCACGACUUCGGCUGGCCCGACCUCCACGCCCCGCCGCUGGAUAAGAUCUGUGCCAUAUGCAAGGCCAUGGAGAACUGGCUGAACUCUGACCCCCAGCACGUGGUGGUCCUACACUGCAAGGGCAACAAAGGGAAAACAGGCGUGAUUAUCGCGGCCUACAUGCACUACAGCAAGAUCUCCGCGGGAGCGGACCAGGCUCUCAGUACUCUGGCCAUGAGGAAGUUCUGUGAAGAUAAGGUGUCCUCUUCCCUCCAGCCGUCCCAAAACAGGUAUAUCUAUUACUUUGGAGGCCUUCUCUCUGGGGCCAUAAAGAUGAACAGCAGCCCUCUCUUCCUCCACCAAGUCCUCAUCCCGUCCCUUCCUAACUUCCAGGGUGAAGGAGGUUACCACCCCUUCGUCAAGAUCUAUCAGUCCAUGCAGUUGGUCUACACGUCAGGCAUCUAUGACCUUCAAGGCUCUGGUGGGAGGCGGCUGUGUGUGAGCAUCGAGCCGGCCUUGCUGCUAAAAGGUGACAUCAUGGUGAAAUGCUACCACAGGCGAGCGCACAGCGCCGACAGAGACGUGGUGUUCAGGCUGCAGUUCCACACCUGCACCAUCCAUGGGUCCCAGCUGUGGUUUGGAAAAGGCGAACUGGAUGAAGCUUUCACCGAUGAACGUUUUCCAUCUGAUGCCACUGUGGAGUUUGUCUUCUCCUCGGGACCUGAGAGGGUCAAAGGCCGUGAAUACCACAAAAACGACCCUGCAGUCAUCGUGGACUACAACACUUCUGACCCGGUGGUUCGCUGGGACUCAUACGAGAACUUCAACCAGCGGUAUCAGGACAGCCUGGAGGAUAUUGGCCAUACCCGAGGGCCAUUAGAUGGAAGUCUUUAUGCUCAAAUAAAAAAACGUCGGGGUCCCGGCUCUGGUUCUCUGACAUCAACCAAUGGUAGCAGCCCAGGUGGAGCCCCGGCAGAAGACAGACCUGAUCAUCUGAUCUCUCAAGGUUCUGACUCUGGCCUUUCAGCCCAUUCCCUCCACCAAUCAUCUAUCCAUCCUGACCACCCAGAGGAACCUGUUCGCCCGCCACCCCCGACCAGACAGGAAAGGGAAGAGCUGGACCGUCUCCUUGGUGGGAUUGAAGGGAACCGAGGUGGAGAGCGAGAAACCGCCAUUUUAGAUGAUGGCGACUCCUGGCCCUCAGAGAGAACUGGGACGCUGAGGCUCAGUCGGUCAUGUUCUUGCAGAGAUGGUUACCGGUCUCAGCGCUGUGCUGAACCUGGUUGUGACCGCACCCUCCUCAUGCCAAACGGUUACUGUCUCGACCGAGCUCCUGGCACUAACGGGCACCACGGGGCGACCCCGUCCACCAGCCCAAACCCAGUGGGUCCUCCAUCACACAUGGAUAUGUGUCAGCAUUACAGCCCACAUACCCACCAGUCACUUCCUCCUCCUGACCUAGUAUGGGACCGUCAGAGCGGCCCACCUCACUACUUACACCGUUCCUGUUUGGAGGCACCCUCAUCCCGACAUAUGUGUCCGUACCCAUCCCCAGACCUUCCCCCUCAUUCUCAUAAUCCAUCGCACCACCAUCCCAUUUCUGCUGCUGGUCGACUUUGCUGCCAUGAAGAUGCCCCCUUUCAUCAUCCUCCUCCGGCCCACAGUCACCACCAUACCCACUCACACCACCCAAAACCCUCCACCAGCCCAACCUACCAUGACAUAAUGCUGAUGGAUAACUUACCGCCCCCUAGCUGUCCCUGCAGGGACUGCAGCAUUAGGAGAGAAGAUUCAGCUACUUAUCACACCCUGAGGCUGGAACGAGGUGAAAGCUUUCACUGGGACAGAGAGGCGGAGCUCCAACAGCGGGAGGCAGGACUUAGGAGAGCCCGGGAGACUGAAUUAACCAGAGGUCCCGAACUUCACUGGGAGAGGGAUCCUGGGCUCAGGCGAGGCAGAGAGCUCUCACUCCCCUGGGAGCGAGACAGGGAGGCAGAGCUGCAGUGGGAAAGGGACAGAGAAGCGGAAUAUUGGCACAGGAGGGCCACCGUAGCCUCCUACGGCCCACAGGGUCACGAUCUGCAAGCCUUCAGCUUUGACCCUUUACCAUCAGGUCACCCGGCUUAUCCAGAGGCAUCGCGGUCCCACGCUCAUUCCCACCUGGAUCUGAAGUACAGCAGCAGCAGCAGUGGGUACCAAACACCACGUCAGGUGUGCCCCUGCUCACCGUAUCAGCCCUCGCCAUCUGAAAGCAGAGGCUAUGCCUCAGGCUACCAGUCAGAGUCAACAUCUCCUCUGCCACCUCCUUCCUGCGUGGUGGGGAGCUACAGCCACAGCAAUGGGGCAGCAGACCACAACCCGAGCCACCAUCACCACCACGCAGACUCCCAGCAGUCCUACAGCUCUGACUCACACACGGUCUCAGAUGGCCUUCGCAGCUCCGGUGAGAGUGUGGGCUGGCGGGAUCACAUUAACCACGGGUCCUUUAGGAGGGUCCACAGAGACGGUCAUGCAGCCUGCUCCACACCAUCCGACAUGUCUGGACCCCCGACACCUGUCCACACCAGUAGCCCACUACACACACAGGAGAGCCCCAGUCCAGGAGGCAGAGAUUGUGACAUCCGGACCACAGACAUCAUCGGCAGUGACAACGAGGGUUCCCCAGCCCAAGACGGACACUUUAGUGACAAUACUGUGAGUCGGGAAUCACAAGGGUGCUCAAAGACUUGCACCAAACAGGCAUCUUCAUCACCUACCAAAGUAGAUCCCCCACGAACAGACCCUCCCCCCAACACUGCAUCACACCAACACUGCACCGUAAAUCCUCCCUCAGCUUCUUCAUGUGACUCAACGACACCAACAAACCAGGAGCACUGCCAGGUUCCCUCCUCAUCAACACCAAACACACACCCCCAGACUGCGCCUCUCAAUCUCCCUCCCCUCAGUCCAGCAGAAGCUGCUGCUGUACCCUCCACAGUGGACCAGACAUUAACCCAGUAUCAGACCCAAACCCAAGCUAAUGGUCCUUCUGGACUAAGUUCAGCACUUGUGAAUGGAUCCUCACCAGCAAAGUCUAGCCCAGAGGCUCCCAAACCCACCACCCCUAACUCCACAUCUGCUCCUGCACCAUUAUCCCCGCAGCCCGGGUCCAGCAGCAUGGAUGGCUCUCCAGGCUCAGAUGCCCCAGUUCCUGGUUUUGCCACGCUGGGUAGGAGGUUAAUGUUGAGUGGGUCCGAAGCCCACCACCCAAAUUACCUGCAGCACCACGGAACCCCACAUCACCACUACGCAGCUGUGGACCAUAGUGCUGCUAUGGACGCUAACAAGAGAAACGGUUAUUUUGGUGCCUCACCACAUCUCCACCCGGCCUCCUACUCCAACUACUCCACCAUCUCCAUCCCUCUUCCUCACCCACAGCCACCUUUACCAGAGAAGCGCCAUCAACCCACCGUGCCGGGCUCCCCCAGCGAGGGGGUGAGACCAGCCAUGGGCCAGGUGCCUCCCUCCACCAUGAACACCACCCAGCAUCAGCACCAUGUCACAUUUUCUCCCACAGUGGGGGAAAUUGCACCACCUCCGGGCCAAAAUGAGGAAGUGGAUGGUGAGACAGCAAACAGGGUCAGUGUUAAGUUUGUCCAAGACAGUUCAAGGUUGUGGUACAAACCGGGCAUCUCUAGAGAACAAGCAAUUGCCGCUCUGAAGGAGAGAGAGCCAGGAACCUUCCUGAUCAGGGACAGUAACUCCUUCCAGGGAGCCUAUGGCCUGGCCCUGAAAGUGGCCACGCCCCCACCCAAUGCCACCCUCAACAGCAAGGUGAGUGACCCUCUGGAACAACUGGUGAGACAUUUCCUGAUAGAAACAGGCCCUCGGGGAGUGAAGAUCAAAGGGUGUCAGAAUGAGCCCUACUUUGGGAGCCUGUCAGCACUGGUCUAUCAGCACUCCAUCACACCCAUCUCUCUGCCCUGUGCGCUUAAAAUCCCAGAAAAAGAUCUCGUUGGAGAGGUGCAGGAGGUUCAGCCAGUCCCCAACAUCAGCACAGCUGCAGACCUGCUGAAACAAGGAGCAGCGUGUAACGUGCUCUACCUGAGCUCCGUGGAAACGGAGUCGCUGACCGGCCCCCAGGCCAUCGCCAAAGCAACAGACGCCACGCUGGGCCGUAACCCUCGGCCGUCGGCCACCGUGGUCCAGUUCAAGGUGACGUCACAGGGAAUCACGCUGACCGACAGCCAGCGAAGAGUUUUCUUCAGGAGACAUUACCCAGUGAACAGUGUCACCUUCAGCAGCGUCGACCCAAAGGACAGAAGGUGGACUAACUCCGACGACACGGCCGUUAAGGUGUUUGGCUUCGUCGCCAAGAAACCGGGCAGCACGGCGGAGAACGUGUGCCACCUCUUUGCCGAGCUGGACCCCGAGCAACCCGCCUCCGCCAUCGUCAACUUUAUCAACAAGGUCAUGCUGGCGCAGCGCAGAUGAAGGGACCCCAAACACGUGGCAGCACAGCUCUGUUAGCUCUGAGCAGACGGUUCAGGGCUCGGCCCACAGUGUUGUCUUCACGCAGGUCGCCGGGUCUCUAUCGACCAAACUGUUUAGUAUUUGUCCAUCCGCACUGGUGGGACCCCCCGACUCUUCCCGGGAAGAGGAGGCCUCUGACGGAGGAAGGACUGGCAUUUAUCAGGGGCUGGUAUCACGAGGCAAGACGGAUGGUUAGCUUUAAUCAGCGUCCCCCCCUUGGGUCAGACGUACCACCGGGCGACGUCCAGUGAUUCCUCUGCUUAACCCGGGGAUGGCAACCAGAAAGCGGUGACGUUUAACAGCUUCAUGAAACUCACACAUCAAAGGGUUCACUAAUCCCUUCAAUUAGGUCAAGCAAAUCGUGUAAAAAAUCCCAGAACUGUGAGAAGAGACGUUACGUCGUGGGGUAAAAACAUCCGAACUUUAACGUCUUUGCGCUGGUUUUGUCUUUUUAGAACGACUUGACGCAUCGACGUCAGAUGGUGUCCAUCAGAAAGUUUUCCAGCUUUCUCAAAGAGGGCUUUACGUGCCAACUCUGCAGGACAGACCUUUAUUACAACAGGAAUAUUUCUACUGCGUCGUUUUUUUACUUCCCAUCUUAAACUAAAUUAACUACCCUUGAAUGUCGUCAUAUUGAAUCUAGCUCGGCUCACGUCCAUCUGUGUGCCUACUGAAGAUGGAUUGACCUGUUAGGUGAUAUAUGAACUACUACUGGCUGUAAAAAUAAAUUAAUAAUAAAACCAUC